AUGGAAGAAUUGCACGUCCAUCAAUCCCUGCCCAUUUGCAUUGCCUUGGCUUCCAUUGGUGGCAUUCUGGAGGUGGCCGCCACGGCCCUGACGGCCUUACCUUCCGUGAGAGAAAAACAAGGCAUAUUUGUGUCGCCCCUCUUCAGAUGGAUGGCCGUCUUUGGCAACAUCUUCUUGCAAAUGUUGGGGGGCAUCUUUAGUGCUUUGCUCGCCACCUGGUUUGGGCCCGUCAGCAUUGUGGUGCCCUUUUAUUACUGCGCCACUUUGUUGACGAAUAUGAUUGUAUUUGGGUUGUUUCUGGGAGAGCCUUUUAAAAAGCCAAUGCGAGUGGGGACCCAUGUCAUUGUAUUGGCCGUCAUUUUAUUGCCCGUGGUGGGACCCACCAUAUCGCCCGAUCAAACCUUUGCCAUUUUGAUGCAACACUGGUAUUCCAUUCUUUGGUUUUUGUUACUGGUGGUGACCACCUUGGUGACGGGGGCCAUUUUGGUCUUCAAGGCGUCUCCCACCAAUACGGACCCCGAGACGAAUUUGUUCUUGAAGGAAUACACACAAAUCCAACGAACCAUUGUCUUGCUGCUGUGCCGAGCAGCGACCAUGUCGGUCGAUUUGACCGUAAGCCGGUUUUUAAUCUUAAGUCCACCCUCAAAAGCAGUGAUGGGGGCAUUGAUUGUUACCAAACUGUGGUCGGGCAAUCUAUGUACCUAUUGCAUUGUGGUCCAAUCCUAUUCGGUGCAACAGGCAAGGUAUGUCCCUCUCAAUGCGACAAUGGUCAUUUUGGUCAAUGCCUUGACGGGAAUCUUGGUCUGGGAAGAUCAACCACAAUCGUGGUAUGGAUACCUCUGCGUCUUUUGGCUGCUUGGGAUUGGGUGUGAUUUGCUACUCAGUGUGCCGCUCUUGACACCCGAGAAUUUGGAAUUUGGAACUACCAAGAGUGCCAGCCUUAUCAUCACCGAGGGGCGGCGCAAACUAACGGGAGAUCCAGAGGAAAUCAAAAAACUAUUAUUUGAUGCCGGUAAUCGUGGGUCUGAUUCGGAAGCAAAUCAAGAUUUGAAACAAGAAGAAACUGCAACUAAUAUAAUGCAGCACAAUGAUAACAACGGUGGCAAUACAGAUGGAAGGACUACUCCAAAGAGGAAAGGUGGCACUGGUUAUCAAUCCAUCGCUAACAACAAUGGCUCCAAUGAAGAUGGUAGUUUGGCGGUUAUUUCAAGGCAUUUACACUAUACCAACGCUGCUUACGACGAAACAAAUGAUGGUGCAGCAUGGGACAUGGGUGACUACCCUACGAGUCCAUUGACAACCACAGCUCCAGCCAUGGCUCGUGCUGCUUCCCCUCUGGAUUUUCUCUCAUGGAACAUAUCCCAUUCCAUUACUUCUCCCGAUGCCACAUCCUCUCAUGCAAGUAAUAGUACGACCAUGAGUAGCCGUGAGGCUUGGUCCGAAGUCAUUAGUCCCAACAAGAGUAGUAGUAAUCACAAACGGCAGAGGACGUUUAGCUGGACGACGGCAGGUACGAGUGCUGCACCAGAAGCUUAUUUUCAUAAUACUACUCCAUCCGUGGUACGACAUUUGCAGAUGCCUUCGCCACCAACCCUACCAGCAGAUGCGGCAACUGCGGGAAAUAUGGACGAGGAGAAUCUGUUGCCGUCUUCCUCCUCCUCCUCCUCCUUGAAUCACAAACGCCAGAAAUGA